CCGGUUGAACCGGCAGUUAGCCGGGUUUAAUAAUUUAAUCGGGUGGUAAACCCCGGUUCAAAGUCGGUCUUUGAUUAAUUUGACUAAUUUGGUUAAAAUUGCGGUGGUAUGGUAGCGCCGCCGAGCGUCUAAUUGGCCGGUUAAUGGAUUAGGUAUCGAAUUUUUAGAACACAGACACAUUUCUCCAUGAAUAAACCCACCACUUAAGUAAAUUUUAUUACAUCAUCAAUGGCGAUGAAAUGUAGUCGCCAUUUUUGCCCAACCAUUAUCACGAAGACGAAGCUUGUCUACUCAUUUCAAAGCUCCUUCUACUUCUGCUUUUUAAAGUACAGUUCAUCAGUUUCAAUAGGUCCCCGAAACAGUAUAAUUGCCUCUGCGUCGAAUAGUGAUCAAACCCAAUCGAAAAGAUUUAGCUUUUCUCCUGUAAGCAAGCUAAAAAGUAGUAAUAGGGGUUGUCCUGGAGAAUGGUUAGAGAAUUGGAACAGAACCCAGAAACAGAAUCAACUGAAACCUCCAAAGAUAGUUGUAAAUUACCGAAAAGAAGGGAGAUUUUCUGGGUUAGGCUUCACAAGUGAUGAAGCUACUAGUAGAGAUAGUGAUGGUAGAACAAUGGAGAAGAUUGUAGAGAAGUUGAAAAAAUAUGGAUACAUGGAAGGUGAUGAGAAUAAAGAAGUUGAGCAAGAGAGAAGGAUCGAGAAAGGAUCAGUGGAGGAUAUAUUUUAUGUUGAAGAAGGGAAUUUCCCAAAUACAAGAGGUGGAUUCAGUGAAGAAUCAUUGCUUGGUAGAGAAAAUGUGUUUGAAAACAAUGGAGAAGUGGAGAUUCCUUGGGAGAAGAUAAGUGCCAAGGAGAGGAAGGAGCUGGAAUCGGAGUGGACUGUGAAGAAAGAGAGUAGAUACUCGUUGGCGGAAAUGACUCUUUCGGAACCGGAGCUAAGGAGGUUGAGGAACUUGACGUUUAGAACAACGAGCAAUAUGAAGAUUCGAGGAGCAGGUGUGACUCAGGUGGUAGUGGAUUCGAUUAAAGAGAAGUGGAAGACCUCAGAGAUUGUGAGAUUGAAGAUUGAAGGAGCAAGUACGCUUAACAUGAGAAAGAUGCACGAGAUAGUAGAGAGAAAAACUGGUGGUUUGGUGAUUUGGAGGUCCGGGACUUCCAUUUCUUUGUACAGAGGUGUCACUUACGAGCUUCCAGCAGGAAAAUGGAACAAGCAAAAAAGAGAGGAGACAUUACCUUCUUCCUCACCUGAAACUACAAAUAUGGUUGCUAAUAGUGAUGAACAAGCGCAUCUUCCUCAACUAGACCAGGGGACAACUAGUGUGGCAAAGAAAGACCAGACAUCUCAACAAGAAGUAGAAUAUGAAGAUGAAAUUGAUGAACUGUUAGAUGGUCUUGGUCCUAGGUUCAUGGACUGGACUGGAGAUAAUCCAUUACCUAUAGAUGCUGAUUUGCUUCCAGGCGCCAUUCCUGGUUACGAACCACCUUUCAGGGUACUUCCUUAUGGAGUGAGAUCAUCUCUGGGACCAAAAGAGGCAACAGCUUUGAGAAGACUUGCUAGAUUUCUUCCUCCUCACUUUGCUUUAGGUCGAAGUAGGCAGCUCCAAGGCUUGGCAACAGCAAUGGUUAAGUUAUGGGAAAAGAGUAUGCUUGCAAAGAUUGCGUUUAAACGUGGCGUACAAUUAACCACCAGUGAGAGAAUGGCCGAAGAUCUCAAGAAGUUGACAGGAGGCGUAAUGCUCUCUAGGAACAAAGACUUCUUAGUUUUCUACAGAGGAAAGAACUUUUUAUCUCGAGAAGUAGCUGAUGCAUUGGUGGAGCAGGAAAGAUUUGCAAGGAAUUUGCAAGACAAUGAAGAACAGGCACGGUUAAGAGGAUUUUCGGCUCUGAUUGUCCCAAGUACUGAGCCUACAAAUAAAUUUGUUUUUGCUGGUACUCUAGGUGAAACUCUUGACGCGACUGGUAAGUGGGGAAAGAAUCUGGAUGAUGAUCAUCCUGCAGAGGAAGUAAAACAAGAGGUUGAGAAAUUGAGGCAUCAAAAUCUUGUCAAGAAGCUGGAAAAGAAACUUGCUUUUGCUGAGAGAAGGCUGUUGAAAGCUGAACGUAGUUUAGCUAAGGUGGAAGAGUUUCUAAAGCCAGCGGAGCAGAGAGCUGACCAAGAGAGCAUAACUGAUGAAGAGAGAUUUAUGUUCCGCAAGCUCGGUUUGAAGAUGAAAGCAUUCUUACUUCUAGGUAGGCGAGGAGUGUUUGAUGGUAGGGUUGAGAACAUGCACUUACACUGGAAAUACAGAGAGCUGGUCAAAAUUAUAGUGAAGGCUAAAACUUUUGACGGUGUAAAGAAAGUAGCAUUAGCUCUUGAAGCCGAGAGUGGCGGUAUCCUGGUUUCUAUUGACAAGGUCUCAAAAGGUUAUGCCAUUAUCGUGUACAGAGGAAAAGACUACAAGCGUCCUCCCAUGUUGAGGCCAAAGAACCUUCUGACAAAGAGGAAGGCUUUAGCACGUUCCAUUGAGCUCCAAAGACGCGAGAGUCUUAUAAAACACAUUUCAGCUAUACAUGCAAGGGCAGAACAGCUGAGAGCUGAAAUUGAACUGAUAGAGAAAGUAGGAGACAAGGGAGAUGAAGAGUUGUACAACAAGCUUGAUGUGGCUUAUGCUUCUAGCUAUGAGGAGACAUAAGAAGCAGAGGAGGUUCUGGGGGUAGAAGACCAUCUUGGGUGCUUCGAAUUUAAAAUAUAUUUAGGAGCCUUUCUGUAUAAAGACUAGUUGGUUAAGAUGAUCUAUAGAAAAUGUAUCAUAUUAUUUACUAGUGA